UCUUUGACCAUUUUUUUUAUUCGUGGCUGCAGGGGACACGCCCAGUAACCAGCGUGAAAAAGGGAAAGGAAGUUGAUUUGACUUCAGAGCGUCAAAUUCAACGGAACCAACGAGAGAAUGACUUAAAAAUAAAAUAGGAGAGUACUUAAAAUGUAUCGUAAAGUUACCCAAAAGGAUCCAUGUAAUAUUAUAGAUCAAUUAUGUGAAUUACUAAUGUGAAUGAAUCCACCUGAGGUCCACAAAGACGUUUUUGGGUCGGCGUUGUAGCGCUUUGAAGUUUUGUGACAUUUGAAGGUUCGACCGGAAGUGCAUUUCCUGCAUCCGUUUGACUUGACGUGGCGUCGCCAGCGGGAGGCAAUCGCAGGGAGGCGAGCUCGGCGUCGUCGGUGUGGCUGCGUCGCCCCCAGCCAGCGCUGGUUGUUUCGUGCGCCUUUUCUAUCCUCACAAGUGUCCAGUUCACCACCGACCGCCCUCGGUUCGGUCGCCAUGAACGGGAAGUCGGCCAGCGGCUCGGCGGGAGGAAUGGCGUGCAUCGACGGGCUGCCGCCGCUGCCCAAGAGCCUGAGCGGCUUGCUCAACUCGAGCGGCGGCUCGUGGAGGGACAUGGAGCGGAUGUACGUCAAGAAGACCAUGAUCCAGGACGACCUGAGCCGGGGCCGCAACAACGCCGACGGCCUGCUGGCCAACAAGCCGGCCAACCUCGACGCCGCGCUGGCUCUGCUGCGGAAGGAGAUGGUGGGUUUGCGUCAGCAGGACAUGUCCCUGCUGUGCCAGCUGUGGUCGCUGCACGAGUCCAUCCAAGAGUACAAGGGCAGCUGCCAGGACUUGAGCGCCGCCUCCGGACUGGGCAUGAUGGAGAACGGCUACUUCGACGAGGACGACGAGUACUACGCGGAGCCGGGCGCCACGCCCACCGGCGACCACCCGGACGGCGACGAGAUGGCGGCGGCGGCGGCGGGCAAGAACGCCGCGGGGGUCGGCAAAGACGACAGCUGGGAAUCCUUUGGCGUCACCAUCUGACGCCGUCGUGCGGUAUUUCCUUCCCGUUCGCACCAGGAAUGUGACGCUCUCGCCUCACUUGGCGCCCCCUACGGGCAAAAUUAAAUGCUGCAGUGGAGCCCCACCUGGAGCUCCGUCGCACUGUUGGCGGCGGCGUCCACUCAGACUUAUUUACAUAUUAAAAAAAAAAAAUAAUAAUAAUAAUAAUAAUACCAAUUAAAAAAAUAGUAAUAUACUGUAUGUAUGUUAGAUGUUUUUACAUUAUAAGUUUACCCCGGUCACUCAAAGCUAUCCGGUGAGAACAAUUUACGUAUAAAUGUACGGACAAAAGUUUUAUUAUUUAUAAUAUAAUAUAAAAAUACAUGAUAUGUUAUUGGAAGUGUCGGCCAAGAAAGAAUUUUGUUCACCCAAACAAUUCGUUGGGCUUUCUUGGGAUGGAUGAUAUCACGACGGGGGCUUUUUUUUUUUUUUUUUUUUUGACAGUUGGGCUUUAAAUGUUAUGAAGUUUUUUUUUUUUUUUUGUGGGGUUUUUUUUUUCCCCACCAGUUGAGCUAAAAAGUGAACUCGUGAGCGCCACCUGAAUGUUAUUAGAGGAAUUACGAUUGAUAGUAUAUCAAAGCAUCGUGCCGCAAACUCGAGGAAUGGAAUUUGCGUCGCCGUAAAAAUGUGAGGCGGCGCAGUCGGGCUGAAAAUGUCAUUGAACAGCGGAUUUCGUAAAUAUCAGAAUUAUGGCUUGGUGAUUAUGACAACUCGGCAAACUGAUGAUUUUAUCGAAGCGUCCGCAUACAGCAAAAUUGAUUUGUUUAGCAGAAAAAUCUCGAUGAUGUCAGGAUGAAAUGCUCGGAGCACGUCGAUUUCUUUAACGUGGGCGAAAAAGCAUCAAAAAUGUCAACUCUGGAGCGCCCCCUAGCGGCUUUUGGAGGUCACUCCUGGACCCUGCCACUCGAAACAUCGCUCAUGAAAUCCGUUUGCAAAAGU